AUGUACAUUGUACUUGACCAACCAGAGAUAAUACCGCCUUACAACCAUACACACGGCAACAAUGGCAAACUCAGCACAGCAUUACUCGUAGUCAUAAUCACACUACUGUCAGUAUUGGGCAUCAUUUCCAUCUCCAUUUUAAUUUUUUACUUGGUUCAUCGAUCAAAUAGAGCCACUGAGGAUGAUUUACGAAGAGAGGAGGAAAAUCAAGCUUAUCUUGAACUAAACAGUGAUGAACAAGAGUUGUUUUUUCAAUCGAGAGAAUUUCUUGAAACAAACCUUUAUUAUAUUGGUGAUUUAACUUUAAGUCAAAACUUGUCUAUUCAAGAAAAGGGUAUAAAUGCAUUUGAAUUUGUUAAAGAUCAAAUGUUGACUAAUAAUGAUUUGUUGAUUGUAAACAAGACUGAAUUGAAUUUUUUCAAAAAUUUCGAAUGUUCAUGUGAGACUAAUUUGCCAAUACCAAUGAAGAAUGAAGUGUAUUAUUUUGAAGCCAAGAUAUAUUCAUUACCAGAGACUGAAACAUCCAAUGAAGAAGGAGACAAUGGAAACGAUACAUUGAUCUCCAUUGGUCUUGGUAUCAAACCGUAUCCAUGGUUUAGACUACCUGGUCGUCACCCUCACUCGGUAUCAUAUGACUCAAAUGGAUACAGAAGGCACAAUCAACCAUUUCAUUUCACAUCAGAGCCACCAUUCCCCAAAUUGGUGAAAGGAGAUGUAGUUGGAGUUGGCUAUAGAACCCGGUCAGGCACGAUUUUCUUCACCCGUAACGGUAAAAAAGUAAGUGAAUCAAAGUUGGGUGGCCACAUUAAGAAUUUCAAACUUCCUCGUGGAGGUCAGAUUUUCCCCAUAAUUGGAGCCAACAAUAUAUGUUCAAUUCAUGUCAAUUUAGGACAACGGGGGUUUGUGUUUAUUGAAGGAAACGUCAAGAAUUGGGGGUAUGCGCCAUUGGAAGGUACAGGGCCAGCACCUCCAGCUUACAAUAAAUUCAAUGCUGAUAUAUUGUUGGAACGUUCGGAAAUUGAUGAAGAAGAAGAAGAUCGAUCAAAUGAUUUCCCACCUGAUUUUUGGGCCACUGUUAGCAAGAACAAACGUGAAGGUGGCGGUGGAAAAGGUCGCACAGAAGGGGUAGUGUAUGAUGAUGAUGUUGAUGCUGAUUAUGAUGAUGAUGACGGACAGUUUACGUAUGAUGCUUACGCAGAAGUGGACUCAAAUGACGAACGAAUAACAUUAAAUAGUUUACCUCCUCCGUAUAUACAAGGCGAAGACGAAUAA